AAUUUGAUGUGGGGGGAAAAAUAAGGGAGGUCAAAAAUGAGAGGGCGCUGAAGGAACCCAAGGAACUGAAUUUUAUCUUUGGUGUGAACAUUGAGCAGCGCGAAUUGGAUGGCAUGUUCAUUUACAACUGCAGCCGACUGAUAAAGAUGUACGAGAAGGUGGGCCCGCAGCUGGAGGGUGGCAUGGCAUGUGGUGGAGUGGUAGGCGUGGUGGAUGUGCCCUAUUUGGUUCUGGAGCCAACCCAUAAUAAACAAGACUUCGCUGACGCCAAAGAGUAUCGACACUUGCUGAAGGCCAUGGGAGACCAUUUGGCUCAAUAUUGGAAGGAUGUUGCUAUAGCCCAGAGAGGCAUCAUCAAGUUCUGGGAUGAAUUUGGUUAUUUGUCAGCAAACUGGAACCAGCCUCCAUCUAGCGAACUGCGCUACAAACGCCGGAGAGCCAUGGAGAUCCCUACCACAAUUCAGUGCGAUGUAUGUCUGAAAUGGCGGACUCUCCCAUUCCAGCUGAGUUCAGUGGAGAAGAAUUACCCUGAUAGCUGGGUAUGCUCUAUGAACCCCGAUCCUGAACAAGACAGAUGUGAAGCUGCAGAGCAGAAGCAGAAAGUACCACUGGGAACUCUGAAGAAAGACUUGAAAUCACAGGAGGAAAAGCAGAAACAACUGACAGAGAAAAUCCGCCAGCAGCAGGAAAAGCUGGAAGCUCUGCAGAAAACUACUCCAAUUCGAUCUCAAGCUGACAUAAAGAAACUGCCUCUGGAAGCAACCACACGGCCUGCAGGGGAGAACACCCAGUCACAGACCCGACCUCAGCGCCCGCGAUCUCCUCCUUUACCUGAUGUAAUCAAAAAUGCUCCCAGCAGACCACCACCUUCGCCUCUUCCCAAGUCCAUCAGUCAGCCAAAAAAGAGCUCGUCAACUUGGCCACAUGUCAGCACUCCCAAACUGGCAAGCAUGCUCUCCAAGGAGGAGGCCAGCACUUCCAGGACACACCAGCACACUGUGACAGCUGGAAAGUCUAACAGCACUUUAAAAACUCUUGCCAAACCAGGUACCGCAAUGAAAACACCCUCUGCUGCCCUGCCGAACCCCAAAAGCUCACACGAGACACCCAGUACAAAAGCUGCCAAGGUGCCAGCACUAAAGAAAUCUGCCGUUGUCAAAUGCACACAGGCCUCCACCAGUCGGAAGAGGACCUUGAAUACCACAGAGGAUGGGUCUGAGGAGGAGGGGGAGCACAAGAAGGAGAAGACAAAACGGGGCAAAUUUGUGUCAGUGAAAGAAGAGAAAAAGGAUUCCAGUGAGGUGGUGGUAGAGCUCACCGACAGUGCUGGGGAAGAAGAGCUGUCAGAAAUGAAGAAAGCUCAGAAAGAUAAAGGGCUGCAUGUGGAAGUGCGUGUGAACAAGGAGUGGUUCACAGGCCGUGUCACAGCUGUGGAAAUGGGCAAGCAUGCAGUACGCUGGAAGGUGAAGUUUGAUUAUGUUCCUACAGACACCACACCAAGGGAUCGCUGGGUAGAGAAGGGCAGUGAGGAUGUGAGGUUGAUGAAGCCUCCAUCUCCUGAGUACCAGGCUCCAGAUACGCAGCAGGAAGAGGAGGUUGUUGUGGCUGAACCUUCUACCUCAGACUGUGUCAGAAUUGAGCCAGACACCACUGGUCCCAGCAGCAGCCAAGAAACAGUAGACUUACUAGUCCAGAUCCUUCGAAAUUGUUUGCGGUACUUCUUACCUCCAAAUUUUCCUAUCUCCAAGAAUGAGCUGAGUUCCAUGAGCUCAGAAGGGUUGUUGGCAUUUCCUUUGAAAGAAUAUUUCAAACAGUAUGAAGUAGGUCUGCAGAACCUGUGCAAAUCGUAUCAGACACGUGCCGACACCCGGGCCAAAGCCUGUGAAGAAAACCUCCGCAACUCAGAGAGAAGGCUGAGGGAAACAGAGGAGAAACUCCAGAAGCUGAGGACUAACAUCGUGGCGCUUCUGCAGAAAGUGCAGGAGGACAUUGAUAUUAAUACAGAUGAUGAACUGGAUGCGUAUAUCGAGGACUUGAUCACAAAAGGAGAUUGAGCAGCCGCAGUACAAGUCCUAGAGGAGUGCAGAGGAGCUGGUUGCUGGGAUGGGAGAUGUGGAUUCCUGCAGUAGAGGACUAUGGCAGCUGAUGAGGAGAGAGGUUUUUUAGACAGUAUUUAUGUUGUGUUGGUGUACAGCUUGUGAGUUCACAUGAAAAAGACAUUUGUGCUGUUGGCAGGAAAAUUUUUAACAUUGUAGUUCUCUGAAUCUCUUCCUUUUGUUUAUAAAUAUUUAUUUUUAAAAGAA